AUGGAAUAUAACGAUAAUAGUGAAUUAUUAUUGAUAUCAAGUCAAGACCCAUUCUUUUCUUCAUCUGCAACAAUUGAAUCUGAUGACUUGUAUUCACCAGAAAUCAAAUCAAAUACUGAUAACGUUGAUAAUCAUUCUUCUCCCUCUUCCUCUCCCUCUUCAUUGACAUCGAGUUCCACAAUACCCUCAGAUUUCUUAGAAUCUUUUCCAUCAACUCCAAUUUCAGAUUGCUCGUCAUCAUUGUACACUAGAUUUUCCUCUUCAUUGCCUUGCUCCAAUUCUUCCACUCCGCCCUUUACUGAUCCAAAAGAGGAAGAGGAAUUGAGCAGAAUGAUUAUGUCUAAAUAUCUUCAAUCAAUUAAUCAAAAAUUAUCACGGCCAAGUGAUCGUAUUAUGGAUAUUAUCAAAGUAGAUUUUCCAAGAGACUUAUCAAUACCAAUAUUUUAUCAAUUACUUAGUCAGAUGGAUACAAUUGGUGCACAAAUGUUUAAACAAUGCACAAUUCUUAAAUUUGUCAGUUUCACUGAAUGGAACAAUUGUCUUUUUAAUAAUAACUUUGUUAGUAAUAAUUUCACUAGUAAUACUAGCAAUAACUUUAGCAACAUGAAUGAAAAUUCCUAUAGAAAUAAAAUGCAUUUAUGGGAAUUGAUGGAUUGUAUUAAUAACAAUGGUGGUAGAAAUGGCGAUUAUGAUAAUAAUUAUUUAGAACAUCAACAUCAAUUCGAAAAUUCACUUCUAGAAACUUCCACUCCAUCAUCAUCAAAAUAUAUUAAUUUAGAGAUGAUUGGAUAUGGGAGCUAUUUGUCAUGUCAAAGUGAAUUGUUUUCAAAGAUAUUUUAUCAUAUUUCAUCAUCAAUAUAUUGUCCAAUUAGGACAAACAAAUAUUUAACAAGAGUCACAAUUCCAGUUCCAUCAAUUUCCACCAUUGAACCAAUAAUCAAUUGGUUGUAUACUCAUAAUGAUCAAAACUGGUUAUUGACCAUGAAUGAAAAUAACUUUGAAGAGGUUUGUAAGAAUGUCAUUUUCCUUGAGUUAGGAGACGAGGCAUUGAAAUUCAUAUCAAAUCAUCCAUUGAUUGAUAAUCAUUGCCAUAAUCUUUUAAAAGAUUACUCGGAUGAUUUCUCAUUGGUGAGAUGUUUUACAGAAGCUAACUAUAAUGACAAAAUUCGAUUGAAGGAUACUGUGAUUGAAACUUUAUCUUUUAAGCGGGGGAUUAAGCAAUUGCUUAACCUAUUAAAUAUCAAUGAUUUUGUUAUUGACGAUUUGAAUUCCAUCAAUAAAUUAGAAUCAUUGAUAAGGAGUCGAUUUAAGUUUCAAAAAUUAUGUGAAAUCUAUUUUAAUUCAAUCAACAUCCAAUGUUUAUUGCUUGAUGAUGGAAUUUCUAAUCUGGUCAGUGAUGAGCUGGAAUCAUUAGAUUUUCAUUCAAAAUAUGUAGAGGAUAUACGAAGAAUAGUUAGAAUUGAGUCUAUAUCUGAGCAAAUUUUAAAUGAAUUGUCAUCACUACCUUCACAGCAACAAAUCACUAAAACAUUCUUGGAAAAAUUCAACAAUGAAAUAAGUCAAUUAUGCAAAUCUAAUAAAAUAAUUGCAUUCAAAAGUAUUUCAGCUUAUCGUACCGGAUUAAAUAUUCAAUUAUUUGAUAUUGAUAACAACAACAAUAAUGGAGAUUCAAUUAAGGUGGAAGAUAGUUUUAAAGAAUAUAUUACAAAUAUUAAAAACUCAUCUUUGAAAAAAUUAAAUAAUAAAAUCUUGAUUGAUUUUAUCAUAAAUGAAACUUUUAAAAUUGCAAUUAAAUACGAUUUACCAAUUCAAUUUCAUACUGGAUUUGGUGACAAUGAUCUUGAUCUAUUAUUGGCAAAUCCCCUUUAUCUUCGUCCUUUAAUUGAGAAAUUUCCAGAUGUCAAAAUUGUUCUAUUACAUUCUUCUUAUCCUUAUACUCGUGAAGCUGAUGGUCAUUUUUUACCAGAGACUUAUUAUUUGGCAACAGUUCAAACCAAAGAAAUAUUAUCAAAAGUUUUGACAGAAUUUGUUGAUAGUGAAUAUUUGAAUGUUGAUGAAGCAUUAAACAUCAUUAAAAAUAUUUUAUUUGAAAAUUCAAAUAAAUUAUAUAAAUUAAAUCUCACCCUAAAAUUACCUGAAUCUACCUUUUCUCCACUACAAGUUGUUUCUGCUGGCAAGCAUGCUAAAUUGUUCACAGAUCUAAAAUCUAAAGGAGUGAAAUUUGUGAGAUUAGGGCUUAUGGAUUAUUGCAACCUUCAUAGAAUUCGUCUUGUACCAAUUGAUAGAUUCUUUAAUGAUAUAGUGAAUAAUGGGCUAAGUUGUGCUAAAGCUAUACCUGCUUUUCCUUUCUUUAUUGAUGAUGUGUCAGUUGGCAGUGGAAUAAGUGUAACUGGCGAAAUGUUAUUAUUUCCUGAUCUUAACACAAUUAAACAAAUCCCAUAUCAUCCAUCACAUGCUCACUGCCAUGUCUUUAUGAAAGAAAAAGAUGCUUCUAGAAGUGGCUUUCCUUUCUGCACAAGAACUUUACUAAAGAAUAACAAGAAUAAGAAUGGAAGUGAUGUUGAUGGUAAUGAUUAUAGAAAUGAACCAAAACCAAUAGAUAAAACAACUUAUUGUUUGGCAUCAUCAUUUUCUGGUAGAUCAGCAACAAUUCUUGAUGAAAUUGUGGAAAGCAUUCAAAACCAAGAUAUUUUAGUGGAUCAAUUUCAUUCCGAGUCUGCUUUUGGUCAAUUUGAAAUAGUCACUGCUCCUUAUGAUCCAUUAACAACAGUUGAUAAAUUAAUUGUAACCAGACAAACAAUCUAUGAUGUUGCAAAAUUAAAUGGUAUCAGAGCCACUUUCCUACCUAAACCUUUCAAAGAUCAAGAGUUUUUUAUUGCUGGUGUGAUAUCACAUAUUAAAUCUUUGUGUGCAAUUACUUUACCAACUAAAAGUUCCUACGAUCGUAUUACAGUUGAACAUUCUUGGGCAGGUGAAGCACCAAUUAGGAUUUGUAAGAAUUCAGUAUCUGGUAUAAAUUUUGAAUUUAAAUUUGUUGAUGCCACUUCAAAUCCUUACUUGGCUGUUGCUGCAAUAAUUUCUGCUGGAAUUGAUGGAAUUGUUAAAAAAUUAGCUUUAAACACUAAACCAAUCUCUAUUGAUCCUGGUCAUUUGUCUGAUCAAGAGCGCAAAUCUAAUGGAAUUGAAAAAUUACCAGUGUCUUUAAAGGAAUCUUUAGAGUUUUUAAAACAAGAUAAUGUGUUGAAUAAAUGUUUAGGAGAAAAAAUUAUUCAAUGUUAUGUGGCUAAUUUUGUCAUUGAACAACAAUUAAAAUUGAUUUCACCACAACAUUCUUCAAAAUUUGGCAUUACUGACAAACAUUGUGCUGAAUCAAUUUUAUUUCAUUUAUUACAGUCAGGAACUUUUACCAUUAAAUGGAAAACUUUUUUGAGAAUGAUGCUUAAAUAG